ACAGGCCGUUGCUGCUGCUGCUGGUGCGCAGGGCCUCAACCAUUUCAGGUGUCUUAAAAAUCAAGUUGAAUGUGUCUUGGAUGACAAGAAGUAAAAUUUGAUUGAGGUCCUGGCUCUACAGACAUGGCAGUCUUUUGUACAAAUUGCAUGGUCAAGAAGCAGUGUUCUCACUAUUAGUCCGAAUCCGUAGUCAUGCCACUGCAUGACAUAUUGUUGCCUCACUGCUACUGAGAUCUGGAAUACGUCACUGUCUUUGGAGUGUUUGGACCACUAUGGCAACAAGCUACUCACCUCCAUUUGAUGACCCUGGCGAGGUGAGAGAGGGCUUUCUUUGUCCCCUCUGUCUGAAGGACUUGCAAUCAUUUUAUCAGCUUCAGUCUCAUUAUGAAGAAGAACAUUCCAUUGAAGAUAAAGAUGUGAAGGGACAACUCAAAAAUCUUGUUCAAAAAGCUAAAAAAGCAAAGAAUAAAUUGUUGAAACGAGAUGAUGACCGAACUGAUGGGGGACCUCAGGAGAGAUAUGAAUCUUACAGCUAUGGUGGAGUGGAUCCAUGUAUGUGGGAACCCCAAGAAUUAGGUGCUACGAGGAGUCAUCUUUCUGAUUUUAAGAAGCACAGAGCAGCCAGAAUUGAUCACUAUGUGGUGGAAGUAAAUAAAUUAAUAAUCAGAUUAGAAAAGCUUACAUCCUUUGACAGAACCAAUACUGAUUCUGCAAAAAUAAGAGCAAUUGAGAAGUCUGUUGUGCCUUGGGUUAAUGAUCAGGAUGUGCCAUUUUGUCCGGAUUGUGGUACUAAGUUCAGCAUACGGAACAGACGUCACCACUGCCGCCUUUGUGGCUCCAUCAUGUGUAAGAAGUGUAUGGAACUGGUCAGCCUUCCCUUUGCAAGCAAACUCACCACUGCCAGCAAGGAGGUCUUGGCCUCUCAUACAAGCCCAAACUGCUCCCCCAACAGCAUUCAGGGCUCACGCCGUGGAAGCAUCAGUAGUGUUAGCAGUGUGAGCUCUGUCUUGGAUGAGAAGGAUGAUGACCGCAUCCGUUGUUGUAGACAUUGUAAAGACACCUUGCUGAAAAGAGAACAACAGAUUGAUGAGAGAGAAUAUAUCCCAGAUGUUGUGAAACUCUAUGAGAAACUCCGACUUUGCAUGGAAAAAGUUGAUCAGAAGGCCCCAGAAUACAUAAAGAUGGCAGAAUCUUUAAAUGUUGGAGAAACAACUUACAGUCUUGAGCAUGCAAGCAGACUCAGGAUGGAAGUGCAGAAGAUGUAUGAGUUAAUAGAUGCUUUAAGCAAGAAGAUUCUGACUCUAGGGUUGAAUGAAGAGCCACAGCCUCAUCCCAGAACAUUACAGCUUCAGAGAAUGAUCAGAUAUUCAGCCACACUUUUCGUACAAGAAAAAUUGCUUGGUCUGAUGUCCCUACCAACCCAAGACCAAUAUGAAGAACUCAAAGAAAAAAGGAAACAAGAACUGGACAGAAAAUUACAGAUGGAGAGACAGGCAACACUUGAAAUACAGAGAAGACAAGAGGACAAGUCCAUGGACUAUGCUUCCCGAUCCUUGACAGCAUCCAACGGUGAAGUGCCACGGACAAAAAGAGUAAAGAAAGCUGAAGGUUGGCUCCCCACUGCCAGCAUAUCUCGCCAACAGGAACUUGCAGACCCUCUUCUCCAGCAAAUUGACAAUAUCACCUCCUUCAUUAAACAAGCGAAGGAGGCAAAUCGUUUAGAUGAAGUACAUAUGUUACAGGAGAACUUGCGACAACUUCAGGAUGAGUAUGAUCAGCAACAAACUGACAGAGCCAUUGAGCUGUCCAAAAGGCAGGCUGAGAUGGAGGAGAUGCAGAGAGAACAACUACAAAUCCUCUGUGAAAAAGAAUGGGAGAGGGAGCAUAAAAAAAGGCUGUCUCAGCAUUCGCGGACUCGUUCCUUGGAUUUCAGAGAAGUGAAGCACAAUAAGGCUGAGACUGAGAGAGAGAGUAUAAAUGAAAUAUCACAGGCUUUGGAUUUAGAUACUACUCAGAACAGAAGUAACCCAGGCUCUAAAGGCUCUUCUCCUAGUGGUGUUGACAAAGUGCCAACUUGCGAGAGCCCAGUCUUCCCUUUUCAACCUCUGAGAAUCCCACAGCAUGACAGAAUAACAGAGCAAAAUGUGACUGUCCCCCUAAAUCCUUUUGAAGAUGAGACAGUGGUUAGCACAUUAAAGAGGGAGCCUGAUAAUCCCUUUGCUGAGGAUUCCUUCCCAGUGACUUCCUUGCCUAUCCAGGCCUUGCAUAGUGAUAAAAAAGAAUACAACCCAUUUGAAGAAGAGGACUGUCAUCAAGCAAAUGGAGCAGCAGUCAGUGCGCCAAACCCCUUUGAAGAUGCUAUUGGAAAUCCUUUUUGUGCCUCUAUAGGGCAUCAGGAAUCUGGGAAUCCAUUUGAAGAGUCCUCUUCCUCUAUGAAUCCCUUUGAAGUUGAUGAUGAUGAUUAUAACGAAGUGUCAGGAGAAGAUAUCAUAGAAGAAGAAUUGCUCCUUCAACAGAUAGAUAAUAUCAAAGCUUAUAUUUUUGAUGCCAAACAUAGUGGACGGAUGGAUGAGGUAGAUGUACUGACUGAGAAUUUAAAAGAACUGAAGCAAACAUUAGCAAAACAAAAGGAGAAAUCCACCUGCUGAAUUGGGACUGAUAUCCAUGCACAUAAAACCUUAUAAUUCUCUGUUUGUCCUGGGGUAGAGCAGGUGGAACUACAAGGAGAGGCAUGUUACAGGUGGGAGUUCUGGAGCUUAACAUUUAUGCACUUUGGUAUAGGCAUUUUGGCUGUUACUCAAAAGUCACAAGCAAUGUCCAUGUUACCUAGAAUGCUGUAACCUAUAGCCGUUUGGCAGAAAUCUAUUUUAAACUUAUCAUUAUUUUUGUUUGAAAAAAACAGCCCAACAUGGUCAUAUUUCUGAGUACUGGUUUUAUUUCUGAUGUAAACCACAAAGCUGUAUGCUUUAAAAUGGAGGAAACUGUCUGUAAUCCUUCUGCCUAUGUUUGGUUGCUAUUUCAGUAUGUCUUCCAAGCAGAUUUUCUAUGAGCAACCAGAUUCUCUCAGUAAAUUCUGGGUGAAAUCCAUCUAGUGGAGGGGUUUUCAGUCUUUGGUCCUCCAGUUAGUUUGGAGUUCCCAAGGGUUCCAGCCAAUAUGGCCAGUGUACAUGAAUUCUGAGAUUUAAAGUCUCAAACAUUUGGAGGACCAAAGGUUGAGAACCACUGACCUUAUGUCCACUUGCAUAUAUAGAGCUUAUGGAAGAACAGGGAGGACAAUUCCUCUUCCCUCCCUGCAGUCCCCUCUGACUAGUUUGUGAGGGUCCCAUAGUCUCCUGGAGCAGAUUUUGGGAGUUGUGGGAGGGUGAAAUGCCCCCUCACUGUGCAACCAGUAGACACUUUCCAUUGCUGGAGGAGCACUAGAUUUCAUCCUGUAUAGCAUGAAAUAAGAUGGUACCUUUCAGCAGAUGUGCAUAGCUGCCAUAUACUGUACACUACAAGUGUUAAAAAGCAGAUUGCUGAUAUACAGUGACCUGCCUAGUAAAAAGGCCAAUGAUCUAAUUGUGCAAUACAAAAGAGAAUAUAAAGGGAUUUUAACAUAUGGAUAGCUCUGAUAUUAUGUAUAAUACCUUUGUUUCAGUUGGCUUAAACCCUGCCAGCCUCUCUUGAGAUAAUGGACUUCUUUCCCUUCCAUUAUCAUCUAUUUUUCAGGACUCAUGUAGCUUACAAGCUUACACUGUUUUUAAUUUUAAUAGGUAUUUCCGGGAAAUUUGGGGUUGCACCUGUCAUGGGGAUGCUGCAAGAUUUCUUAUUAGCCCUACACAGAAUGGCAGCUCCCCCAAUUCCUGCACUGGUGGAAGUGCAACAACAGCUGAGCUGUUUCCUGCUUGUGGUUUAGAUAUGACUUUGAAUCUGGGCAUUUCCUCCAGUUAUUAUGGAGACGUGUGCUGAGGAGGCAGUUUAACAAUGACAGAUCUUAGCAGGAACUAACAGCCGUGAUUGAUCUGGUCUCACUUGAAAGACUACAGAAUUCUGCCCAUAAUUUUUAACCAAAAUUUAGCUACCUCUGAUAUACGUUUUAAUAUAAAAUUACAAAGGAAAGCAUGCAGUGUUUUCAGUUACAUUUUGAGAGACUGAUCAUCUUCAAGAGAGCAGGAAACUCAAGUUUGGAGGUGUAUGCUUCCAAAAAGUGUUGCUGUGCAACCUCCAUUUCUGCAGCCCCAUAGUACUAAAGGGAGGCUGUGAGACAUCCAUGCUUGAGACUGGGCUGCUUAUUUUCCCACAUUAAAAGGUGAAGAAAUCCUCUUGUUUUGAUACUUCUUUGCACUCUUGACUUUUUGGGAAAAGUCAGAAAAAUAGAACUAUUGAACAAUUUCUGGUUUUAGUUGCUGCUGUAUGAAUUUACUUCAGUCACAUCUGAUGAUAGAUAAUCUAAAUGUGACAUACAAAGUCUGCAUCUGGAGAUUAUCAUAAACUUCUAGACGCUUCACCUUGGAGCAGGGCUCAACAGCAGAAUAAAGAAACAGAUGUUUGCUCUUUUUUAAAAAAUUGGGUCUAAAUACUACAAAGUAAAACAAGGGAUUAGUCCAAGAAAAGUAGGACACUAAAUACUUGGUAAUGCAUUGUAAGCCCAAUGCAAACUUGUUCAACUGUGGGGAACUCAGAAAAAUGUUUACAGAUGUUUUGUUACUUAGUGGGUGGUUAAAUAUAAUCAAGAACUAAAAGUAGCACUUUGCACAUGAGGCUUUAUGAAUUUUAUUUUAUUUUUUAUUUCUGGUGGGCUUGAGGCUAUUUGAAAAGGAAAAGAAACCACAUUCCUUCUAGUUCACAUUUUCUUUUUUGCAGAGGGAAAGAACUGGCUUAACUAAUUUCAUAUUGUGAGUUGUUAUGCUUGAAGCUGCUACUUUCUCACUGGCAGCUUGUUUUAAUAAUCCCUCAGAAAUGUGUUCAGCCAUGCUGUAGAAACUAACUUGAAAACAUCAUUUAGGGCUACCAUGGUGAUACGUUACAUUUUCAAUAUCAUAUUUUUUUCCAUAAUGUGAAUACUUAUGCACAUAACAAAUCUAAGAUCAAACAGGUAACUAGAGUAGGGACCUGAUAAAAGGCAGUAAAAAAAGAAAAGGAAGCACACAAUUUCAGUUAGCCUGACAUCUUUUAACCAUCUUAAUUCACACUUUAGGCAGCAAACCACCAAAUUCAUUUGGCAUUUUUUCUACCCGAUCCAAAAUCUUUCAAUGGCUUUUUAAACAUUUAAAAUGUUUAUCCUUGUUACAUGCAUUAUGCCUUCCUUGUAUGUAUGCCAUUGUCUAAUACUCUUUAAGAUAUACAUAUAGUCUUGAUGUAUGUUUACUAAUAGCGCUGUUGGUUUGUAGCUCCAUGACUGCAAGUCUUUGUGAAAUGUAAUUAGCCUUUCUGAUAGCGUGGUGGUAGACCCACAUUUUGGAAGCCUUCCAUUUGUACUAUGAAUGAACAAAACCAUGCCAUUGUGAGAUUUAACAUGAAUCACAACUGUUUAUACACUUGCAUGUACUACUCUAAUUUGCAAGCUUUCCGAGGAAAUAAAAUAACAUGUUUGUUUUGUGUGUGUAUGGUAGACUGAUUUUCCCAUCCCAUAUUAACUCAUAGGUGGAAGUCAUUUACUGCCCCCACCAAGUCCCUCCCUUCUGACCUGUAGACUUUUUGGCAUCUGCUAAAUGGCAGACAGGAACCUGCUUUAUAUUGACUAAAACUGGCCCUCCAUUUUCGUGUAGGCUCUGUUCCAGAUCCCCACCCUGCAAAAAUGGAGGCUUGUGCAUAUUCAAGCCACAUAGGCUUGACUGGAGCAUGUAUGCCAUUGAAGAUAGUGGAGGCCUCCCCUCAAAGGCACAGAUCUCAGAUCCGCGGGUUAGGCAGGGCGACUGUAUUUUCAAAAUUGUCAAGGUAACUGGCUUUUUCAUUCCCAACAGAGGUGUUUGAGACUUUCCAUAUGCAAAGCAUGCACUCUACUGGUGUUCUUAAAAUAGUUGUGUUGGUAUCUUUCAGCAUAAAAAGGAGGGAGGAGGAAAACAAAUAUAGCAGGACCUUUAAGACUGAUUUUUCUCUUUCAGCAUAAAAAGGGGGAGGAAGAGGAAUAUAGGAGGACCUUUAAGAUUGACUGGUUUUUAUUUUAGUACGAGUUUUUGUGGCUAUUCCACUUCUUCAGUUACAGUACAGAGAGCUACUCAGCAUAUAAAGGAUAUUUACAGAGUUGUGGGAGUGUGAUGGAAUGCAACAGGAUCCAGAAAGAUGCAAAUCAUGGUCUUGCCCAAAAUGUUCCAAGGGUUCUGUAAGGCGAUAUAGGUCGUUCAAAUCUUUAUAGUGUUCAGUUACUGUUGAUGUGUGAAAGCAAUAAAACUGCUUACCAAAAGUCA